AUGCUGUCAAUAAUAUACUGUUUUCCCCAGCCAUUUUAAAAACUUGUGCGCAGAUGACACGCCCAUGGUAAGAAGAGCAGCUUCUGGAAAACUAGGAGAAUUUGCAAAAUGUGUGGAGCUUGAGUUUGUCAAAGCAGACCUAGUGUCACUGUUCAAUAACUUAGCUAAUGAUGAGCAGGACUCUGUGAGACUACUUGCUGUCGAGGGCUGUUCAAGUAUUGCAUCAGUUCUGCCUGAUGAGGAUAAAGAAUCUCUUCUUAUGCCCACAGUCAGAGCUGCGGCACAGGUAGCAAGAACUUUAGUUUAUCCCAUUGAAAACAAAGAAAAUUAAUGUUAAGCUGAACAAGAAAGUUAAAGAGACUGAAAUGGUGUUGCGCACAACAAUACUGCAAAAUUCAUUGAAAAUACAUGUAGCAUGGCCAAGGCCUUUUAAUUUAAUCAAAAGGCUUUGGUCAUCUUGUUUGCAAAGCUUCCAAUAAAAUUUGGAGUGUUAGCUCAAAUUGUGAAAUACAACUGUAAUUACAUGCAAUAGUUUCCCCUUUAGUUUGCCAGCAGCUGAUUGGUACCUUGCAUGUAUAUGUUUCACCAUAUCACUAACAUUCGGCUGACAUGUAACCAACAGACU